UUAUUUCUUCUAAGCCUAGUUCCGCUUGUUGAAGCGUAUACGACUUUCGAAACAACAUGCUCCGCCCCCAAUCCACACUCGGAAUUUUUAUUCGUAUCAUCUCCUGACACUCGUGGAACUCUGAAUAUAUUAUGGAGCUCUCUCUUCACGAUAUUUGCCUGCACAUGGACGCUCCAACAUCCUGAUAUUCCAGAACAACGCAACGGUUGUAAUCCUGGAAUUUUAGGUCAUCUCAAAUGGACACUGAAAGCGUUUGGAAACAAGGCGUUGCUGAUGAUCACCACCGCUCUGGCUCCAGAAUAUGCGGUAGGAAAAGCUUUCAGUGACUUGGUUCGAGCACGCGAGCUACAGCAACGUAUGAAACGUUACGCUGAUGAGGACGGCGUGGCCUGGACCUUGAGGCACAGCUAUUUUGCAAGGAUGGGGGGUUUCGCCAUACGAAGUAAACAGCUGUUGAAAGAUUUCGAAACUACCAACAAACAACUGAGAGGAGGGAAACUACAUUGUCUCUCUGAUAAUCAGCUCUAUAAUCUUCGAUCCAAAAGGGUUAUCAAGUCCCUGCCUGAUAUUAGGGUCGAAGAGAUAAAAGACAAGUCCAAGAAUGACACUUUGGGCAAGUUCAUCGCGAUUGGUCAGAUAACAUGGAGCAUUGUGCAAAUAAUUGCUCGGGCUGCUAAAAACCUUCCUUCAUCUCCACUCGAGAUCGCUGUAGUAGCUUUCGCAAUUUGUGCAGUCAUCGUGUAUGGCUUGUAUAUGCAUAAGCCGCAGAGCGUUUCAACGCCUAUCGCCAUCCUUGCUUACUCUAAUGGCAAUUCAUAUUCACCUGAGCCAAAGGCAGCUGUUGUCGAUCAUAAGUCAGAAGUUACUGUCAUCAAACCCGAGCCACAAGUUAUUGUCGAUUCUGAGCCACAAGUUGCUGGUAACUCUAAUGGGAUAGAACCUAGUACUGAACGCCAUACUAAUAGUGGUUUGCGGAUCUGGGGUACUGUGCUUGUUACAGGCAUUGGCGCAGCUGUAUUUGGCGGAGUCCAUGUAACCGCGUGGAACUUUGAUUUCCCGACAACCAUUGAGUUAGUGUGGUGGCGGUGCGCAAGCAUCUAUUCGGUUGCAUUUCCCCUGGGUUUUGCGUUUGCAGGUGGUUUGCUUCUGGUAUUGGAUGAAUAUGAUGAUCAGAUCGAAGAUGUCGUUGGUAUCAUGGGGAGAAUCUUGGUGCUCGGCCUUUUGCUAUUCCUCUUCUGUUUGUUUAAUUUUCUGUACAUCGUGGCUAGGCUGUUUAUUCUCGUUGAGAUCUUCCGAACCCUUUGUUUUCUUCCUGCUGGAUCGUUUGUCACCACCUGGUCUACAAACAUACCUCAU